AUGAAAGCUGAAAUCAAAGACACAAGGAAGUACUGCAAAUUUCAUGAAGAUUAUGGGCACGAAACAGAUGGGUGCCGAGACCUAAAAGUGGAGAUAGAGAGAAUGAUAGAUGUAGGCGAGCUGAGGAAGUUUAUAGCUCACAAGACAAAGAGCAGUGAUAAGGGAGAGAAGAGGAGUAGGGACGACAAAGGGAAGGAAAAGGAAGAAGAGAGGCCAUCCAAAAUUCUGGGAACUAUACACAUGAUCAAUGGAGGAGGACAUAACAGUUCGACUAUUAGAAAAAAACAAAGGAGAGAAGUGAUGAAUAUCAGAGAAACGCACAUGCCAUCAGUGAUUUUUUACGUUGAGGAUUACGAGCAUGUGAAAGCACCUCAUAAUGACACUCUGGUGGUAACAACCAUCAUCAAAAAUUGGAACAUGAAUAAGGUUGCGCCGAGUACAGAUCCCGUUAUCCGGACUCGGAGGCCCCUCAAUCAACCAACUAGAUGUCGUCUCACUGGAAGUCAUAAUCGGCCCGGAAAGGGGGAUCAACAAGAAGGUCAUGCCCUAUUUAACAUAGUGGGUAUGGAACUGACAUAUAAUGCCAUCCUCGGGAGACCAUUCCUCUACGAUUCAGCUGCAGUAACCAGCAUAAGAGCCCUGGCAAUGACAGUACCGACUGAGAAGGGAGUAGUAACGCUGAGAGGUGACCAGAACAUCGCCAAAAAAUGCUACGACGAGUCUGUUGUAGAUUUUCAAGAAAACAAAACAGAGAAGAAAGGAGAGUAG